AUGGUAAAAGAAACCAAGCUCUACGACACGCUCGGCACCAAGCCCGACGCUUCGCAGGAUGAAAUCAAAAAAGGCUACAGAAAAGCGGCGCUGAAAUGGCACCCCGACAAGAACAAGGACAACCCCAACGCCGCCGAAAAGUUCAAGGAGUGCUCCCAAGCCUACGAGAUUCUGUCUGACCCCGAGAAGCGCAAGAUUUACGACCAGUAUGGCCUCGAGGUGCUGCUUCGCGGCGGAGGCGCCCCCCCUCCUGACGACGCUGGUGCCGGCGGGAACCCCUUUGCGGGUGGCGCCAUGCCCGGCGGCUUUUCCGGCUUCGACUUUGGCAGCGGCGGCAUGCCUGGCGCUGGCGGCGCCCGGACCUUCCACUUCAGCACCGGCGGUGGCGGCGGCGGCGGCUUCAGCUUCAACAACCCCGAGGACAUCUUUGCCGAGUUUGUGCGUCAGGGUGGCGGCGCUGGCGGCAGAAUGCGGUCGUCUGGGUUCCCGGACCCCCGGAAACGCGAGCCCACGCCUGAGAUCACGACUGUCGAACGGCCCCUGCCGCUGACGCUCGAGGAGCUCUUCAACGGGGUGACCAAGAAGAUGAAGAUUAAGCGCAAGACGUUUGACGAGUCGGGCAAGCGCGUGCAGACGGACCAGGUGCUCGAAGUGCCCAUCAAGCCGGGGCUCAAGAAGGGCUCCAAGAUCAAGUUCAACGGCGUCGGCGACCAGGUCGAGGGCGGACGCCAGGACCUGCACUUUAUCGUCGAAGAGAAGGAACACCCGCUCUUCAAGCGCGAGGACAACGACAUUGUGCACCCGGUGACGCUCGACCUCAAGGAGGCGCUGACGGGUUGGAAACGCACCGUGACGACGAUCGAGGGCCGGCAGAUCAACCUGGACAAGAGCGGGCCGACGCAGCCCGGCAGCGAGGAUCGCUAUCCCGGCCUCGGCAUGCCCAUUACCAAGAAGCCCGGCCAGCGCGGCGACUUUGUCAUCAAGUACAAGGUCAACUUUCCCUCGAGCCUGACGGCGGCCCAGAAGCAGAAGCUGCGCGAGAUUUUGUAG